AUGCAAGGCAGAUUUGUCGCGGACGUCGUCUGCCAUCGAGCAAAGAAGGAAGGCAGAGCGUCAGGCGUAAUCUGCAUACUCUCGGCCGAAGGCCUGGGAUCACGCCUUGUGCCUUGUCUACGCUCGGUGGAGCGCAAGCAUUUUGCGCUGCACGAACGUCCACAACAGCAGGCGUGCAAGGACACAGCAGUUCAGUUGAAGCGCAAGAGAACCAACCAUCUCGCAAUGGAAGCAUUUGCCUUGCUUCCAACUUGGAAGUUGCAAGGUUGCAUGUACAAUUGGCAACUUGUUCUGUUUCAAGGUGAGUUGUCGCCUUGA